CCUUGGAGCUGAUUUGGCCUUUGGUGGCCAUCGAUAUCAACUCUCAACCACACCCAUUUUCACCCCAUAUGGUACAUGGCUCGGGCCUGAGGUGAAGACCUAGAUCGAGUCGGGUGGUCACCCUGGUGGGUAGCCCCAACGAGCCAGAUUUAAAUCCUGACCUCUUCUCGCCUCGAUCUUUCCGAGGCUGUCCACCGCGUAGCCUCCGUUGACGCCCGUGUGUGAUCGACGCCACCUGGACCUGGACUGGCUCCACCUAUCGGAGCGGGUCAAUCGUUAUCCGACCGCGGUCUGCCCUCAACCCGGCAGGCCGAGUGUGAAUCGCGGACCGUAAGCGGCCGCCCACCGGUUUUGACCGCGGUGAAGUCCGCUCGAAUCCGCUCGAACCCGACCGAACCCGAGCGGGCUGACUGCCGCUAGAAGCGACCAGAAUGGACCCGAGUGCGGCGGGUGUGGGGGGCGAGAGCUCCCGCUUCGAAAAGUCCCUGGGCUUGCUGACCACCAAGUUCGUGACUUUACUCCAAGAAGCCGAAGACGGGAUCUUGGAUCUCAAAGUGGCGGCCGAUGCCCUCAAUGUGAAGCAAAAACGUCGCAUCUACGAUAUCACCAACGUGUUGGAAGGCAUCGGUUUGAUUGAAAAGCGAAACAAAAAUUGCAUUCAGUGGAAAGGUGAAGUGGCCGGUUCGAACACGCCCGAAGCGACCGAUCGCUUAGCUGUGCUCAAAAAUGAGGUCACACAAUUGGAUGAGUACGAAAAACUCAUUGAUCUGCACAAAUCGUGGGUGUCCCAGAGCAUCAAGAACAUCACCGAAGACAACCAGAACCAACCGCUGUCGUACAUCACACAUAAGGACAUCUGCCGCAGUUUUGAAGGGGACACGCUGCUGGCCGUCCAAGCCCCUACCGGCACGCACUUAGAAGUGCCCAUACCGUCCGUCGUACCUGACAGCCUCAAGAAGCAGUAUCAGAUCCAUUUACGGUCCCACGAAGGACCCAUCUAUGUCAUUUUGGUGAACAAAGACGCCACUUCGAGUUCGCCCGUGGCGGUGCAAGUCCCGCCGUCAGCCGAGGUGCAAGCCGCCCUGUCCGACGAUACAAUCACGGCCGAUCGAGAAAACCAAGCCCCACCCUCGUCCACGGCUAGUCGGUGUUCGCAACGCAUUGUGGGCAAGAAAGCCAAAGCGGUUUCGCCUCCAGUAGAGGAAGAUGCCAAACCGGCCAAAAUGGCUAAACUGAUCAAAUCCGAGAAGAAAACGUCCGAAGGAGAACUCGACGAUCCUGACGAUGACGAGCGAGCAGCCAAAGAAGUCGAAAAGAUCUUGGGCACGGGCAACGUAGACGCUGAGAUGUCCAUGUUCGAAGAAUUCAUGCACUCUGAAAUGUUUGGUCCUCUGAUGCGAUUAAGUCCCCCGCCAUCGGAAAAGGAUUACUGUUUCAACCUGGACGACAACGAGGGAGUCUGUGAUCUCUUUGAUGUGCUUUAGGUCAAGCCAGACAUGUGCCCACUUCGCUGUCACAGCGAUCCAAGAAGUACAAAAUUCUCCCGCCGUUUCUUCCAGUCCUUGACUGCUCUUAUCUUCUCUUAUUUUAAGACAUCCUCCUCAGCCCUGAUGUCCAUUUUAAGUGGAAUUAGGUGCCUCACAGCGAUGCAGUUCGUCUUUCCUCAGCCAAAUGUUAUGAACUGUUUCGGCCGGUCUCGCUGAUGCGAGAUGAUCUUACUAGUAUGAACUGUCCCUUGAAUUUGCCGUGAUGGCUCAAGUCAACCACUCUCGAUCAGUUUGACCAAUAAACUAAUCGCCAAGAUAA